GCUACUUUUUUCUUUGUGUUUGUGUAACAGGGAGCAGCAAGGAUCUGGGAAUCAUCUGUGAGAGUGUUUCGUCAUGGGUAAACAGAACAGCAAGUUGCGACCCGAGGUCCUCAAUGACCUGCGGGAGAACACUGAGUUCACGGACCACGAGCUGCAGGAGUGGUACCGCGGCUUCCUGAAGGACUGCCCGUCUGGCCACCUAACGGUAGAGGAAUUCAAGAAGAUCUACGCCAAUUUCUUUCCCUACGGUGACGCGUCGAAGUUCGCAGAGCACGUCUUCCGCACCUUCGACGCCAACAGCGAUGCCACCAUUGACUUCCGGGAGUUCAUUAUCGCCCUGAGCGUGACCUCGCGCGGAGGCCUGGAGCAGAAGCUCCGCUGGGCCUUCAGCAUGUAUGAUCUGGACGGAAACGGAUACAUCAGCCGAGCUGAAAUGCUGGAGAUCGUACAGGCGAUUUAUAAAAUGGUGUCAUCUGUGAUGAAGAUGCCUGAGGAUGAGUCGACGCCAGAGAAACGCACAGAUAAGAUAUUUCGACAGAUGGAUACGGACAAUGAUGGCAGACUCUCUCUGGAGGAAUUCAUCAAAGGUGCCAAGAGUGACCCCUCUAUUGUCAGACUACUGCAGUCUGACCAAAGCACCUCUCGACAGUUAUAA